AUGGCAGCAUCUGGACCCUUCCCGCUGCUGGUGGAGGGGUUUUGGGGCCCCAACCCCUCGAAGACUUUAAUCAACAAGUUGCAAAUGUACUUCCAGAGUCGGAAGAAGUCCGGUGGAGGGGAGUGCGAGAUAGUCCUGCAGCCUGGGAGCCCAGCAGCGAGCUUCCUGGUACUCUUCUCUGAGGACGUUCUGCAGAAUGUUCUGGAGAAAGGGAACCAUGAGUUAGUGUGGCCAGGAAAAGGGACAUUUAAGUUAACUGUCUGGUUGCCUAAAGACCCAGAUGAAGCCUUAGUCUCUAAGGAGGCAGUUCCAGGAAAGGAAUCCAAGACAAAAAUAGAAGCUGCAGGAAAAGAUGAUUUGGAUACAACACAUUCUCCCAGCAACAGAUCAGAAAAAAUGGAAGAUGUCCCCAAAGAACAUGAAACUGUUUCCUCCAUGGUGGCUUUUGAAAACCUGUCUGAGAAAGUGACUGACAUGGUGCUGACCAUCCUAGUUGAGAAUAUAAGCGGCUUCCCCAGUGACGACUUUAAGGUGGAAGUGAUCCGAGAUUUUGGCAUUGCCGUGGUUACCUUUCAGAAGCCUAUAGAUAUCAAAAAAUUUAUUAGUGAUUGUAUCGGUCACCAUUUGAACGGAGAGCUACAGCUUGCGCCGAGACUUCUGGAAACAACAAAUGUAGUUAGGGUGGAAAACCUGCCUCCUGGGGUAGAUGACUACCAGCUACAGCUCUACUUUGAAAACCCUUUCAAUGGGGGCGGAAGAGUCACCCAGGUAGAGUGUUUCCCAGAAGAGAGCUCGGCGCUGGUUGAGUUUUCAGACAGCAAAGUGUUAGGCACCAUUCUGGCCAAGAAGCACAGUUUCAACAGGAUGCCACUGUCUGUCUUCCCCUAUUAUCCUUCUUUGGGCACAGCCUUGUAUGGAGAGGAGAAGCCGCUGGUCAAGCUUCCAGCAUCUUUCCAAGAGUCACUGGGCCUUCCUUUGUGGAAGUUCUUCCAAAAAAAUAAUCAUCUGAUUGAGGAGAUAAAUGACCAAAUGAGACGCUGCCGUUGCGAGCUAACAUGGUCUGACAUCAACGGCACAGUGACCGUCAGACCUGCUGCCACCUUAGUCAGUCACAGACCAAGCAUCAAGACCUGGCAGAGAGACGCCUCCGAGGUGCUGUCUGGCAUCAAGGCUAAGUAUGAAGUUAAAGUGUUUGAAGUGUAUCCGCCAGUGUGGGACAUCAUACAGCAUGAGGUAGGAGAUGACAGGGUUCUCAUUGAGUUUGAUAAGGAGAGUCUCACCUUAGCCGGAAAAUCAGAAGAUGUCCAAGACAUCGGCCAGAAAAUCAAGGAGUUAAUAGAUAGCACCACGGAAAAGGUCAGAAAGGAGGAGCAGAGUCGGAAGGAGAAAGUGGCCAUUUCUCCAGGGAAACAUUUUCUUUUGGAACACAGUGGUUCCCUGGAUGAUCUAAGGAAAGAGAACCCAGAGGUGGAGAUUUAUUACGAUGCUGCCACUCAGCACCUGUGCUUUAAGGGAUUCCGUGCAGAUGUGUAUAAAGUAAAGUGUGACAUCCAGGAAAAGGUGUAUUCCAUGGCUCAGAAAGAUGUCCCGAUUCCUUCUGAAGUCUUCAUGUUUCUGCAGCAAGUAGACAGUCAGGAAUUCUGCAAGACUCUUUUUGAAGCACAGAAGAUUCUUGCCACGUAUGAGCUGAAUGGUACAGCUCUUCUUUUGAUGGCCUGUUCUUUCAGAGCCCUGGCAGAAGCAGAGAAGAAAAUGCUUGAUGCUUUGAGUUAUAAAAUCAUUGAAGUUGAAGACAAGGAAGUAUUCAGAGGCAAUGCGUGGAAAAGGAAAAUUCACCCUUUGCAAAAAAGACACUCCUCCACUGCAAGCAUUAUGAUAAAAAAUGAAUUGACUUCAGGAACUCCGGCGGAGGUCAUCAUUGCAGGCUGUGUGAAAGAAGUAAAUGAAAUCCAUGGCCAAAUUUUUGAGUUCUUGGAGAACACCAUGAAAAUUGAAAGGCUCGUAGAAAUAGAACCAUUGUUGAUUAUGGAGUAUUUAAGGGCAGAUAAGAAUCUGUUCUGGCCAAAGAUAAGGAAGGCCAAUGUGCAGGCAAGUUUUAAGCUGGAAGACGAACCAAAAGGCAUUUUACUAACUGGCUACAAGAGUAAAGUUCUAGAGUGCAUGGACAUGGUCAGGCAAAUCCGGGAUUCAGUCUGCAUUAAAAGGUUCCAGAUUGAUAAGCCUGGUGCUAGGCAGUUCUUCCAGGACAAAGCAUCCUAUUACAAAAGCGAGAUCAAACGCCUGUAUGGAUGCAUCAUUGAGCUCCAGGAGGGAGCAGAGAAGGACAAAGGCAGCCUUAAAGAGCAGAAGUGCCUCUUACAGAAGGACAUAGCCCCUGGAGUCACGCUGAUUGUACAGCAGGGAGACCUGGCUCGGUUUCCUGCUGAUGUUGUCGUGAAUGCGGCAAACGAGAAUCUGAAACACAUUGAUGGUCUGGCCCUCGCUCUUUCAAAUGCAGCUGGUCCUGAACUUCAAGCAGAAUGUGACAAAAUAGUGAGAAAGGGUGGCGUGGUCAAAACUGGCAAUGCCGUUAUCUCAAAACCAGGCAAGCUCCCUUGCCAUCAUGUCAUCCACGCAGUAGGGCCUCGAUGGGACGGAAAUAAGGCCCAGGAGUGCGUGAGCCUGUUGAAGAGAGCUGUGGAACGAAGUCUCACCUUAGCUGAGGAGGUCAAGUGUCAAUCCAUAGCCAUGCCAGCUAUCAGCUCUGGAAUCUUUGGCUUUCCCUUAGACAAGUGUGUGGCCACCAUUGUUUCAGCCAUCAAAGACCACUUCCAACGCCAACCAGACAGGCGCACCUUGAAAAAGAUUUAUCUGGUGGACAUAUCUGCAAAGGUUGCUGCGGCCUUUGCUGAAGCUGUAGAAACUACAUAUAAAGCCUCCCUCUCCCCAACAGCUUCCCCUUCCAGUUUACAAGCUUUAGAAUUAGUGCCACCUGGGAAAACGCCACAGAAACUGCAGGCACAGGACUAUGUGCUGGUGUCCCCAGAAGGCCUGAAAAUCCGGCUGGUGGAAGAAGGUGUGCAGAAUGCCAAGACCCAUGUCGUUGUCAACUCUGUUUCCUUGGAUCUUUCACUCAACAAAGGACCCCUUUCUCAGGCCUUACUGGAAAAGGCCGGGCCAGAACUCCAGAAGGAACUGAAUGAAGCAGGACAAGGGGUCUCUGUCAAGGCAGGCACAAUCCUACAAACCAGUGGCUGUAACCUGAACUGCCACCACGUAUUUCAUGUGGUCGCUCCACAGUGGAAAGUCAACAACAGUGCAUGGUCACUGAAGAUCAUGAAAAACAUCAUCAGAGAUUGUCUAGGAACCACCGAGGCAUGGUCUCUGCAAUCAAUUGGAUUUCCAGCAAUAGGAACAGGAAAUCUGGGGUUUCCUAAACCCGAAUUUGCUAAAUUAAUAAUUUCAGAAGUGCUCAAAUUUAGUAGCAUGAACCACCCGAAAACUUUACAGGAAGUUCAGUUUCUGCUCCACCUGAAAGAUGUCGAAAGCAUUCAGGCAUUUUCAGAUGAAUUUGACAAAAGGAGUCAUGGAAAUCAAAAUGACACACAAGGGCUUUAUGGGAGUCUCUCCAGCCCUAUGUUAGGAGUGCAUGAAAUGAAUAUUGGCCCGAUCCUCUUCCAAGUGGCCACGGGGGACAUCACCAAAGAAGUGGCAGAUGUGAUUGUCAAUUCAACAUCAAAUAAGUUUACUCUCAAAUCAGGAGUCUCCAAAGCGAUUUUUGAAGGAGCAGGACCAAGUGUUGAAAAGGAAUAUUCUGUCUUGGCUCAGCACAACAACAAUGAGUACAUAGUUACUGAAGGUGGAUCACUAAGAUGCAAGAGUAUUAUUCACGUUGUUGGUGGGAAUGACGUGAAGAGAUCAGUUUCCUGUGUUUUGGAAGAAUGUGAACAACGGAACUACUCAUCCGUUUGCCUGCCAGCCAUUGGCACAGGAAAUUCUCAACAGGACCCAGAUGCAGUUGCUAAAGCCAUAAUGGAUGCCAUUGAAGAAUUUAUCCAGAAACCAUCAGUGCGGGCUGUGAAGAAAGUCAAAGUUGUUAUCUUCCAGCCUCAUAUCCUGGAUGUUUUUUAUGACAACAUGAAAGACAGAGAAGGCUCCCCAGCUCCUCCCCAGCCAUCUCUACUGUCUAAGAUCACCUCCUUUUUUGGCUUUCCAAAGCACACUCCCCGCAAACAGAACACCCUGUUUUUAGAGAAGAAAAUAGACCAGACAGUUUUCCGGGUAUGUGGCAAAGAUGAAGACAGUAUAGAAUGCACGAUCUCCUGGAUACAGAAUCUGAUCGCCCAGGAGCAGCUAUCCUAUCGCAGUGAUGAUGAGUUUGUCAGAGACUUUGGUGAGAAGGAGUACAAGAAGCUGAAUGAGCUGCAGGAGAGGCUGAAUAUCGUCAUUGAGCUGGACCAGAAGGCGCCUUUGAUUAAAGUUGCAGGAAUCAGCAGAGAUGUGAUGGGAGCUAGAGAUGAGAUUGAUAACCUGAUCAAGAGCAUCCGAUUGGCUAAAGAAAAGAAAAGCCAGGCAGUAUAUAUUGACAACAACGUCACACACUGUUUUGACAAAAUAACUAACAUGCAGUUGGAGAACGCACGGCAGGCAAAGCACAAGAGAACUGUUGUCAAAAUUAAUAAUCAGGACUUCACAGUGAAUUUGAGGACAAACAUGGCCACAGGCCCUCAAGGACAGAGUGUCACAGUUCAGCGCAUCUUAAAAGAUGAAGGUAAGUUACAUGCUCAUGGGUGUCAGCCAUUGCCCUAA